AUGCCAAAUCAUCAUCAUGUUCAACGCGUCCUUUCUCACCGAAGAGCUUUUCCAUUAUUACUAUUACAUUCACAACGAAAUAAUCAACAACAUGCUCCUUUGUCUACAUUGUCUUCAUCAUCAAUUAAUUUUCCAAAUCGAAGAGGACUUGAACAAAUACAAUUUCAAAACAAAAAUUCGGAAAAAAGAUGUUUUUCUUCAUUGGAGGACAAUAAAGAAUUGAGUGCCAAAGAGGAAGCUCAACAACGAGAAGUCGAAAACUGCUACAAAAGGAUUGAUUUAUCGUUUGAAAAUGCAAAGGAAGCUUUCAAGAGUAAAUCCAAUCUUGAUCUUGCCCGUGCCCUUCUUGUCUUUCGCUGUUGUCAAAUCGACUGGCUAGUACAAAAUAAUCAACGCAUUCUUCGAAUACUUCGAAGAGUACUUGGACAGGAACUGUUUAAACGCCUAUUAAAAUCAACAUUUUAUGGUCAUUUUGUGGCGGGAGAAGCACUAGAUGAAGUUUCUUCAACAGUUUCAAAGCUUCAAAGUUUUGGUAUAAAAUCGAUAUUGGAUUACAGCGUUGAAGCAGACAUUAGCUCGGCAGAGGCUCAAGAAAAAGCUGUUGAAGGAAUUAAAGAAGAGGAAGAAACUAAAAUUCCCGAGGCUUUGGAAUUGCUAGCAGAACAAGUACACGAUCCAAACGUUCAACCUGAAGAAACACACAAACAAUUUAGCGUUUACAAAGAAUUUGGUGAUCGUCGAGAACUUGUUGUUAGUGCUAGAACUUAUUUCUAUUCUGGCGAAAGUGAAUGUGACAAAAAUGCAGAAAUGUUCUGUCGUUGUAUUGAUGCAACAUCACAAGCUACUCAGGGACAAGGAUUUAUUGCAAUUAAGUUGACAGCUCUUGGUCGUCCUCGUCUUUUCAUUCGCUUGAGUGAAGCAAUUGCACAGAUGCAUAACCUCUUCAAAGUUAUUACUGGCUCAAGUUGGGAAAAUCUGUUUCUUUCGCAAAUUACUGAGGCUCAGUUAUUGGAAAAAUUAAAUGAAUUUGGAGUUAAAACAGACAGUGUAGCAGUUCGUGAAUGGUUCAAACAAGUAGAUUUUGAUGACAAUGGAAUUGUUGACUUUUUUGAAUGGGGACAGUUGUUAGAUUUGGAGGAACGUGGAGCAGUUAAACAACUCGAUAAAAUGUUUCAGAUUUUGAACAUAAAAACUGGUCGUUUGGAGCCACUUAUCCAAAAUUUGAGCAAAACAGAAAUGAGGGAAUGCGCGAAUAUGAUGGGUCGUCUGAACAAAGUUGCGGACCACGCAUUUGAGCGUGGGAUACGUAUAAUGGUUGAUGCAGAACAAACUUAUUUUCAACCUGCUAUUUCACGUUUAACAAAUGCAUUGAUGCGACGACAUAAUCGUGAACGUGGACAAGUUCUCAACACGUACCAAGCUUAUCUACGAUCUUGCCUCUCAGAUUUGCUUAUUGACCUGAAUUUGGCGAAAAGAGAAAAUUUUCAUUUUAGUUGUAAAUUGGUUAGAGGUGCUUAUAUGGAACAAGAAAGGUUAAGAGCAGCAACAGUUGGAUAUGAAGAUCCCAUUAAUCCAACUUGUGAAGCUACAUCAGAGAUGUACCAUAAAUGUUUGGCUGCAAUCGUGGACGAAUGGCUUGAACGUGGUAGGAGUAGUGCUUCAGUAAUGGUUGCCAGCCACAAUUUGGAUAGUAUUCGUUAUGCUGUGGAGCUGUCUAAAAAGUGGAAGAUUGCACCAAGUGAACGAGUCAUCUGUUUUGGGCAGCUGUAUGGAAUGUGCGAUGUGGCUUCAUUUUCUCUUGGACAAGCCGGAUAUAGCGUCUACAAAUAUAUUCCAUGGGGACCAGUUGAAGAUGUUCUUCCAUAUUUGUCUCGUCGCGCGCUCGAAAAUGGCACAAUGCUAAACAAUCUAGGCAAGGAACGACGUCUACUUUGGGGCGAAUUGAAGCGUCGUUUAAGCGGUGGGCAAUUUUUCUUUAAGCCUCCAAAAUCUGGAAUUUGUUCUUCUCCACCUGUAAUUUUAUCUAAUGAUACUGCUCCAACAAUAGAUAAGUUUGACAUUGUACGUGGUCAAUAAAAUAUUAGAAAGCUUUGUUUUUAUUUGAGUAAAAGCUGUUUUUGAUCAUACAGAUCAUUACAUUUUGAACUCUAAUUUAGUUUGAUUUUUAAUUUGAAUUUUUUUGAAAAAAAUAUUUUUGGCUUUCUGUCCGCGAUUUGUAUGACAUUUCAGCCUAAGUUUAAGAAAAAAUUAAUUUUAUUUAUUAGUGAUCGGUUCUUCAAAUAAUUUUAAAUAUUUUUUUAAAUCACAUAGAUAUUUUUUCGAUCACUUAUUUUUUUGAAAUAUUUUCUCUCUUUUUUGCAAUAUAUUUUGUUCUUCUUUUAAUUUUUGAAAUUAAAAUUCUAUGCUUUAUUUAAAAAUAUAUAUUCGGUUUAAAAGCUUUCUAUUUUUCUAUAUAUUUUUUUUCUGUUUUUGGGGCAAUGCAAAUUUUAGGUUUAAAUUUUUUCCAAGUUUUUCUCUAAUUUUUUCUCUAUAUAUUUUUCUUUGCCUUCAAUUUUUAUCCAAAAAUUAUAUGUGUGCAACAAAAUUAUACAAAAUUAUCAACGUGUGCUUAAAUAUUUUU